GGUAUGGAAUAUCGGAGGGUUCACCGUCGAUGGCCUCUAUCGAGCGCACUGCAAGUCAGGCGCUGAUAGAGGUCACGAUGGCGCUCAACAAUGGCAGCACGUCCAGUGACCUCGAAUUCGGCGCCAUCGGCCACUCCAUCGGCUGCGCCGCGGCACUGCGACUAGCCACGGCGCUCCAGACGACCACGCCGCUCCGGCACGUGGCGCUCUGUGCGCCGUUCACCUCGCUGCCGGAGGUUGCGAAGGUGCUGCUGCCCAUCCUCAAGAUCGUGCCAACUUGGUUGAUCGCGACGCUUACUUCCAGAAACGCUUGGGACAACAUGGCGGAGGUGAGCCACCUCGCGCGGAACCCAGCGAAGGCCCCGCGCGUCGACGUAAUCCAUGGCACGCGCGACGAGAUCUGCCCCCAGGACCACGGCGUCGCACUGGAGGGGCGGAUGAAGAGCCUGCAGCUGGCCUCGACGUUCAGGAGCGUCAAGGCGGGCCACAACGACAUUCUGGGCACCAAGGCCUCCGCGUGGCGGCCAAGGGUAUCUUGAUGCUGACAGUAUCUGCUUUCGCAGAGUGGCUGGAGAAGAAGGUGCACAUGGCCGAUGCAUGAUGCUCAGCGGGCGUCGUCGGCCGCGCAGCUCGCGAGCGAGGAGGACAUCUAGCGCCGUCGGCGAAAGAAAGUGGAUUGGGUGGAUGACCAUCAGGUCGGUCUCUACCCAUACUGUUCCUGCGCCUCCUCCUCCUCCUCCUCCUCCCC